AUGGCCCAGGCAGGCCCCACCCUGAACCGGGAGCCCAGAGCCCCACAGGGGAGGGACACAGGUCCAGAGCCAAGCUCCGCUGGGCCCGUGGCCCGGUCCUUUAUUAGAGAGCAGGUGUCCCGGGCGCGGCCACCUGAGACCUGGAAGCUGGACGUUGGGGGCGGAUUUUCGGCCCAGGUCGGCCAGGACAGGGUCUCGAGAACAGGGGUCUGGUCUUCAGGCCUGUGUUCCUCCUCGGCCACGGCCUCGGGGCCCUCAGGGUCUUCCCGGCAGACAGUGCAGGGCUGCAGCAGAGGCAGGGAGAGAGGCCCCUCGUUCUGUCCGCCACUCAGUCGGCGGUGGCCAGGGUCGAGGUCCGCUGGGUUUCCGUCCACAGGGCCGGCGAAGGCAAGGGACGGGGAGCGCACGGUGUACUGCAGCGUGCACAAGCACGAGCCCCUCGUGCUGUUCUGCGAGAGCUGUGACACCCUCACGUGCCGGGACUGCCAGCUCAACGCCCACAAGGACCACCAGUACCAGUUCUUGGAGGACGCCGUGAGGAACCAGCGCAAGCUGCUGGCUUCGCUGGUGAAGCGCCUCGGGGACAAGCACGCGACGCUGCAGAAGAACACCAAGGAGGUCCGCAGCUCAAUCCGCCAGGUGUCUGAUGUCCAGAAACGGGUGCAGGUGGACGUCAAGAUGGCCAUCCUGCAGAUCAUGAAGGAGCUGAAUAAGCGGGGCCGAGUGCUGGUCAACGACGCCCAGAAGGUGACAGAGGGGCAGCAGGAGCGCCUGGAGCGGCAGCACUGGACCAUGACCAAGAUCCAGAAGCACCAGGAGCACAUCCUGCGCUUCGCCUCCUGGGCGCUGGAGAGCGACAACAACACGGCUCUUCUGCUCUCCAAGAAGCUGAUCUACUUCCAGCUGCACCGGGCCCUCAAGAUGAUCGUGGACCCCGUGGAGCCCCACGGGGAGAUGAAGUUCCAGUGGGACCUCAACGCCUGGACCAAGAGCGCGGAGGCCUUUGGCAAGAUCGUGGCGGAGCGUCCAGGCGCCAACUCGACAGGGCCGGCGUCCAUGGCCCCUCCGCGGGCUCCGGGGCCCCUGAGCAAGCAGGGCUCUGGCAGCAGCCAGGCAAUGGAAGUCCAGGAAGGCUACGGCUUUGGGGCAGCAGACGACCCUUACUCCAGCGCCGAGCCCCACGUGUCAGGAGUGAAGCGGUCCCGCUCGGGUGAGGGUGAGGUGAGCGGCCUCAUGCGGAAGGUGCCCCGCGUGAGCCUCGAGCGCCUAGACCUGGACCUCACAGCCGACAGUCAGCCGCCGGUCUUCAAGGUGUUUCCAGGCAGCACCACCGAGGACUACAACCUCAUCGUGAUCGAGCGGGGGGCUGCGGCGGCCGCCGCGGCCGCAGGCCAGCCUGGGACUGCGCCCCCUGGGGCCCCUCCCCUGCCUGGCAUGGCCAUCGUGAAGGAGGAAGAGACCGAGGCUGCCAUCGGCGCGCCCCCUGCCGCCCCCGAGGGCCCGGAGACCAAGCCGGUGCUCUUGGCCAUGGCGGAGGGGCCGGGUGCCGAGGGCCCCCGCUUGGCCUCCCCCAGUGGCAGCACCAGCUCAGGCCUGGAGGUGGUGGCUCCAGAGGGCACCUCCGCUCCCGCCGGUGGCCCCGGGGCGCUGGACGACAGCGCCACCAUCUGCCGCGUCUGCCAGAAGCCAGGCGACCUGGUCAUGUGCAACCAGUGCGAGUUCUGCUUCCACCUGGACUGCCACCUGCCCGCCCUGCAGGACGUGCCGGGGGAGGAGUGGAGCUGCUCCCUCUGCCACGUGCUGCCUGACCUGAAGGAGGAGGAUGGCAGCUUGAGCCUGGACGGCGGGGACAGUGCCGGCGUGGUGGCCAAGCUCUCCCCUGCCAACCAGCGGAAGUGUGAGCGCGUCCUGCUGGCCCUGUUCUGCCACGAGCCCUGCAGGCCCCUGCACCAGCUGGCCACCGACGCCACCUUCUCCCUGGACCAGCCCGGCGGGACUCUGGACCUGACCCUGAUCCGCGCCCGUCUGCAGGAGAAGCUGUCUCCCCCCUACAGCUCCCCCCAGGAGUUUGCGCAGGACGUGGGCCGCAUGUUCAAGCAGUUCAACAAGCUGACGGAGGACAAGGCGGACGUGCAGUCCAUCAUCGGCCUGCAGCGCUUCUUUGAGACCCGCAUGAACGAGGCCUUCGGCGACACCAAGUUCUCAGCGGUGCUGGUGGAGCCCCCCCCACUGAGCCUGCCCGGUGCCGGCCUGAGCGCCCCAGAGCUUCCCAGUGGCCCCGGCGAUGGCCCCUGAGAGCGGGGCCCGCCGCUGUCCCCUUAGCCCCCUCGCCCUUGCCCUUGGUGGCCUGGCCCCCACUCCUUGGUGGCUCUACCCCAGCCCCUCACAAUAUGGUUUUUACUUCUGUGGAUUUAAUAAAAACUUCACCAGUUCU